GGCUAGGGCUCUGGGUUGGGGGCGGAACAGAAAGAGCUCCAGUUGUCGGUUGACGGCAGAAAGUAGAACUGUGUGAACUCAUGGGAAAGAGAAGGAGAGACCGAGGAAAGGAGACCGGUGGACCAAAGAGACAUGACAAGGAUUAAAGUAGGAUGUGGACAAACCAAACAAAGUUUCAACCCAGCUGACCUGGACCCAAGCGGAAAGAGAGCGAGAACAAAGUAGAGUUUCAGAGACGACUGAGGACUUGCCUGAGCAAGAGACGGAAAGUGGAGAUAGGUGAAUGACUGAGAAGGCUUCCUGGCUCUCAGAACGAACACUGGAACAAGACAGAAACACUGAGUCAAACCAGACAGACAGACAGACAGACGGGAAGAGGAUGAAGAGGAGGAGGAGUUGAGUGUAGAGAACAGAGAAAAGGAGAGAGAGGAGGAGGAAUGUGAGAAUAUUAGAAGGGCAACAGAUUAGCGUUUCACAAGGUGAAGCGCGAGACAGACAGAAGGUGAGGUGGCUGACGGAGGAAGUUAGCAGGAGGGGAGAGGUAUGAGGGGACAGCCCUUGAAGACUCUCUUCUAUUUUCUGAUCACUUUACUUUUUUUGGGGAGCGUGCUGACCACUCUCAUCUGGUACAUUCUUGACACUAACCAUGUGGAACCUCGCCAAACUCCCCAAAAGAAAAGAACUCCCCCGGCCGCCGUCCCCUGUAAAGGCUGCAGGGAGGUUGUCGAAAAAAUAAUGAAGGGUUACUCAAACACCUGGAAGAAGCAAGAGGACAAUUACUCAAAGUUCAGGUAUGAACUGAACCUCAAGUGCAAUGGUUUCAAUAAGGCCAUCAUUACGCAGAUGAACACUCCUGUGGGCUCAAAGCUGGUUUAUGACGGGGAGAAAAAGAGGACUCUCAAAGUGACCCCGGAGAUUUUCAGUACCUUUACAAAGGACCAUCCUUCCUCAAACAAAACUUGGAAAACUUGUGCUGUUGUUGGGAACGGUGGGAUCUUGACAAACAGCAGCUGCGGGAAAAGGAUCGAUUCAGCUGAAUUUGUUAUGAGGUGCAACCUUCCACCUUUGCAAAAUGGAUAUGAGGAACAUGUUGGCGUCAAGACUAACCUUGUAACUGCAAACCCGAGCAUCAUGCUGGACAAGUAUGGGGGUCUAAUGGGAAGGCGGCGUGCAUUUGUAGAGGGUCUGCGCACCUAUGGCAACUCCAUGCUGCUCCUACCUGCCUUCUCCUAUGGCCACAACACUCCUGUGUCUCUGCGGGCUCUCUACACCGUUGAGGACUUCAAUAGCCCCAUCCGACCUAUGUUCUUCAACCCUGAGUACCUCGGUAAUUUGGCCCGCUUCUGGCGCAGUAUGGGUCUGAAGGCAGCCCGGCUCAGCACUGGCAUAAUCAUGGCCAGCUUCGCACUGGAAUUCUGUUCCGAAGUGAAUCUGUACGGAUUCUGGCCAUUCAGCACUCACCCACACGACUUCCGUGCCCUCACUAACCACUAUUACGACGACAGACAGACUAAAGUAAAAUUCCACGCCAUGCCGGUGGAGUUUAGCCUCUUGGUAAAGCUGCACAAUGAGGGUGUGCUCAGGCUUCACCUGGGAGACUGUGAGCCUUAGUUCCUAGGGAAGAAUGGCAGCUCAUAGAGUAAAAUCAACCAAUCACAUUGUAUACACUUUUAAAUGAAUGAGCAGUUUGUCUGAGGGAAUGGACUGACAAUGCACGAGUGUCAGCCUUUCUUAGCAUAUGGGCCAUGAAGACGUUUGUAAUUAAAUCCAAAUGCAACAACAGGAAGACUUUAACCGUUUUUGUAAAUAGUCUUCCAGUGCAUCUCUAUUUAUUAACUAAACCUUCCAACUGAUGUCUGUAAUUCUUCUAAUAGGAUGCCUUUGUUGGGUCAUCCUAACCUCGCCUCAUGUUAAUUACUUAUGACUUAUGAGAUUUUUAGAUUUUAAAAUCGAGCUGAAUGUAUUUUGAAGUAUCAAAUACCUCCUUUCCUCUAUGAUGGUUGGGCUUGAAUGCAUUUAACCACUUAAAAAUAUUUUGGUAAUAGUGAAGGGUAACUUUGGGGUAUUCAUUUUUUAUUUGGGGACAAACCAUCAUGGCUGCAUUCUGGGGACAUGUGGUGACGCUUUGAGACAAGGACUGACCUGAGACACUACAGAGAGAAGGAAGAAUUUUAACACCGUGACCAUACAAGGACAAGUGCUUUACUGCCACAAAGUGGCAAAACUGGUACAUGUGCUAAUUUACAUAGUGCUUUUAAAUGUGCAGGUUCAACUGACUAUGUGAGAAGAAGCCGUUAAUGAACUGUGCACUUUUUCAUGCUGACACUUUUGUAUUUUAACAGUGGUUUUUGACAUAGACAGAGAGACAAUGUACAAGAUUUAGACCAAACUCUUGGUGAGCCAGUUGUUGCUAUUCUCAGUGUAAUUUUGUUUUAUUUGUGGGCAAAGCGAGGUGAGGUCCGAAGUGAAGUGAAAGUAAAUAAACAUUUGGAAGUUA